CUUGUCGCUCCUCCUCUUACACACUUAGCAUCCUCUUGUCGCCACUGCACCAUCGUCCUGUGUGACACUUCAUUCCCGGAUCCCACAAGUGUGUGUCAUUUUCUCCCAGUCAGACUCCUCCUUAGCACCGAGACCGCAGCCGACACACUCUUGACGGUGUGGCGCUCCUUGGACCCUGCCGCCCGGCCACGCUGUUGUGUUCAAGGCGAUCUUUGCUUCGGACAAACGCACACUCGUACACGCACAUACGCACUGCCCUGGCAGCCGCAUCGGACACCAAUACCCCUCCCUCCUGCCAUCAAGUUCAAGUCGUUGUGGGUGCUUAAUGCCUUCCCACCUUUGGCCAGCAAUCCAAUGCUGAGCCUCCCGCCACGCUGCACCAAUGAAUGUCAUGGAUCCCGGAGGCUUGCCGCCAUCGGGUCACAGCUCCCACGCCAAUGCCAUACCCCAAAUGCCUUUUGCAGGCUUUAACCCCAUGCCCGGCAUGGCAGUGACAACAACAACCGCAGCCUCGCUGGCUAGCACCCCAACUUCCACCGUUCCCCCUACCCCUUUCAACUGGUUCGCCGCCAACAUGCCGUUGAUGAUGGGCCAAUCCUUGACUCCGGAUGCGUUUGCCCUCGCCCUCCAACAACAACAACAACAACAACAACAACAGCAGCAGCAGCAGCAACAGCAGCACAACAAUCAGCAGUAUGAUCAACAACAGAAUCAAGCACACGCACAAGCUCAAGCCGCCAUGAUGGCCUCGUUUGGCACCAUGCCUUGGAUGUACAUGCCCUUUCUCAUGAACUCUGACGGGUAUGCCGCACUCACAAAACAGAUGCAACCCAAUCACAUUGCCAGUGGACUCCCCUUCAGCGGGUCAAUGCCCACCUCGCCUCAGCAUGGCUCUCCAGUUCUCGGCCAAAUUGGCGCCAAUGCACUCACCAAGGAUCAGCCCGCAGCGAAACGCGCCCACAAAGAGCACUCAAGUGCAACAGACUCACAUGGCUCCAAAGCAGCAGCUGCAGCACUUCUUGCUGCAGCCGCGGCGCACGGCGAGCGCAAAGGCCUGUCAAGGGCUCAGCCUCAAACCGCCACCGCAGUCACAUCCACGAUCAAGCCAACUGUUCCCCCACGAAAGCGCCGACGGCGGAAACCAAAGGCUUGCCAUAUUUGCGGUCGCAUGUUUAGCAACUCCUCCAAUCGAGUGCGGCACAUGCGAAUUCACACCGGUGAAAAACCUUACAAGUGCGAGUGGUGCGACCGCACGUUUGCCAACUCGAGCAACCGUCGCAAGCAUGAAGCGUCUUGUGCCAAAGCCACAGGCUCCACUGCAAGCGGGGAGGUUGCGCCGGACGCAGCCAGCUCUGCUACUCGCAGGCGGAAGCUUCAGGAUCAGCUCACAGGCCGACGGGACAAGGAGGAGCAGGACAAGAUCGCCAAGGAAGAAGAUGACGAUGAGUUUUCGAGCGAAGCCAGCCUCGAGAACGAGAAUGCAGAGGAGGACGAGGACAAGAGCGGAGAGGAGGAUGAGGAUGACGAACCCGAGGCCAAAGCGGAAGCAAGAAUGCAGCAGCCCACAAAGCGAACAUCGUCAAGCCCAACCCCGUGA